GAUGCGCGUAGGCAAGCAUGACGUGAGUACGAGAAAAGAGAAGCGGAGGAGGCUUCGCGAUUGAGGAAAUGCAGCGACUGUGCGCGAGGCAGGAGGAGGAGCACAUGGAGGAGACCGAGUCGGAGACGAAUUCGGAGACGGAGCCCACCAUGUGCUGCCUGUCUUGCGAGGAGCACUACGCCAGGCGCGACGCCGGCACUUGCAAGGAGUGCUACGAGGAGGCGAGCGAGACCGAGGAAGAGCUCAAGCGAGAGAUCAAGGAUUUGAAGGCCAAGAUCAGGUUCUUGAGUUUCUGGUCUCCGACCGACCACGACCACGACCACGACCACCACCACCACCACCACUCCAGUGGCCGCUCCCAUGGGUCUGGGUUCACCGAUAUCGUCUUGGUCGCCGCCGAGGACGGUCCCGACGGAGGCCCGUCAGUGCCGGUGCCCGCUCACAGGGCCGUUCUGGCUAACCGGUCCCCAGUGUUUGAAGCUAUGCUCAAGAAUGAGAUGGAGGAAAGCCGAAGUGGCACGAUUAAGAUAAGUGACGUGUCCUAUGAUGCCCUCCAAGCAUUUGUCAACUAUCUUUAUUCUGCCGAAGCAUUGCUCGAUGAGCAAAUGGCUUGUGAGCUUCUAGUAUUGGCCGAAAAGUACCAGGUGAAGCACCUCAAAGCUUAUUGCGAGAAGUUCUUAGUAUCCAAAUUGAACUGGGACAACUCAAUCGUAAACUAUGCCUUUGCGCACCAGCACAACGCAAAACUUCUCCUUGAGGCCGCAUUGUCAUUAAUCUUGGACAAUAUGGAUAAACUCAGAAAACGUCAAGAAUAUUCAGAAUUCAUUGAAAAGCACCCCACCCUUGUGGUGGAGAUAUUGGAAGCCUGUCUUAAAAAGCAGGAAAACACUGCAGCACCUAAGGAUACUUCCGCAAAGUCAUAGUCUUGUCCUGUACAGGGUAACCGUCGACGAGAAAAACCAGUUGGGAGAAUGACUUUUCAAUUUUAUGGAAUUUUGAGUUUGAAGGAACAGGGGUGGGAUAAUUUUUUGCAUGGUUUUGUUAAUAGAUCUGAUUGCCUUUGUGUUAAUCAGGGAUACAACCUCCGGCAUUGGAUCAUUGGUAUUGUUUUCCUGAUUGAAGUGCGUUCAGCUUUGACAGUUAACUUUUAUUGAUUCAAAGUGCUCAUUCGAUGUCA